UUUUGGUAUAAACAAGAGAAUGAAGAUGUGGAUUGGUUAGCAAACAAAAUAAACGAGACAUUCAAGUAGCAAGAUUAGAGAUGAUUGGAUGUUCACCCUUAUAGUUCUGUAUACAGUUAUAUUUCGUAGAAGAAUUUCUCGUUAGACCUUAUACUCCUUAUUAUUGUUUCGACUAGUGUGAAUGGCCCUAGUUUCGAGGCCAUACCCCUUAUUUGCUUCGUAGAGCAAAGUUGCACAUGAGUUUGCGUAUUCCCUUUAAAUUUGAUUAAGAAAAACUGAUCUCUACCACGUUAGCCUGGUAGACCCAGUAACUUCAAUUCAUCAAACGACUCUCUCAUCAUCUUCACCAGGUUUUUCCAGGUGAAGGUCCUUGAGAAAUCAUGAAUUGGGUGCAACGCAAGAUCUACUUAUACAAUGUUACUUUUGGACUCUAUAUGUUAGAUUGGUGGGAGCGUUACCUUUUCAAUACGCUAAUCAUUGUCUUAAUGUGGUUUAUUUUCUACAAUGGGCUACGACAAGUAUCUGAAUUCUGGAACAGGUAUCUGGGGGGAGGUGUGUAGAAUUCUCUUACUGGAUGAAGUAACACAAAGUUGAUAUUGGACAUAACUUCUGAUGUACUGUUAAUUAUUGGUAGAUCCUAUUCAUUGUACCUUUAUCAAAUUUCAUUAUGUUUCUUUUACAAUUUAGUUUCUCAAUCUAAAAGAAGGAUCAUUGAUCUGGGUUUUGCUCCCUUGUUAUAUAUUGAUCCUUUAAGUUAAUUACAUGUUAAUAUUGUAUUUUGAGAAUGGAUCUCUAUGAAUAGGGUCAUUGUUGUACAAAUUACUACACCGUCUUCAAUUAUUUUGACGAAAGAGAGCAUUAUAUUGCAAGUUUUUUUACGACUAUA